GGACCAAACCUCUUGCCUCAAGGUACGGAACUUGAAGACUGCUGACUGCCUCAAUGAGAGUCUAAGGAUACAUCUUGACAAGCUACCUCAACAGCCCAACCAUUUUGGAGUUUUAAAUGCUCAUGCUUUACCUUUCCAACCAGCCACCCAGCUUCGUGCAAAAUCUUUGAAGGAAUUACAAAUGGAGGCAAAGAGUGGUAAGCAAAAUGUCGAAGAGCAAAUAAAACCUCCCCUAACUCUCUUGGAAUUGAAUAUGAUUUAUGAACGAUCUAAACCAAUCAGCCUCAUUGAUAUGCCCAUGGAUCUGAAUGCAAAGGAUGGUGAGGAAGAGGGAAAUGAAAAAGAUUAUGAACAGAAGAUUGAAAACUAUAAUGAUGUGCUGGAAUAUGUGGAUGAGGAAGUUCUUGUCAAAGGAAAAAAAGGCAAAGGGAACAAGAAAGAAAAGAACAACAAUGGGCAGAAUUCUACUCAUAGCCACGGAAACUAUCAAAAACCUUCAACAUGGGGGAGAAGAAGAAAAAAAUGAUUCUUCAUGACUUUGAUUGCUGGUGUUUUGCUGCUACACUGUCUACUAAGGGAUAUUCCUUCGAUUUUCUUGAGGUUGUUUUACUGAUGUUUGAACAACUAGGAGUAUCAACUACUGUUUUGGAUGCUUAUAGGCUUAGAUUUCAUGUGAUAGUUGAUCUUUCUAAGGAACCACAAUACUCGUUUGUUGUUCUCUAAGGUUUUUGGUCAUUUUUCUGAAUACUUGUUUGUGCUUCCUUUAGGUUUUUGG